CAUUUUACUAGCUUAUAAAGCUAACGGACAACAAGAUCACUUCACCUCUCACUUCUCACUACUUCUCAUUUCUCCCCUUCCCUCCUGCCCACUCGUACCAUAUUUUCACCUCUCUUUCUCACCCAAGUCUUUUUUUUUUUUUCAUUUCUUUCAAACAUCACAUUAUUGCGUUUCGUUCUCAGUUUACUAUUUGGCUUGCACUCAUAUUCUCUGGCUCUCAAAGACUUAUAUACCUCACUUUUAACUAUAAACUCCAGUAGCUAGCUAGUUCUAUACUACUAUAUAUACUAUCUCUCCUAGGCCAUUUCUCUCACUAAAUUUUUUCUUCAUAUACACAUCAUUAUAACUUUGCUUUCAUUCAAAGAAACCCCAUUUGAACUGCAAGAGAAUUAGUAGAGAAAAGAAGAAGAAAUUGAAAAAUGAUGCACAGAUGCAGUAGCUCACAGGGGAACAUGGUGGGGCCAUGUUCAUGUGGCUUAUAUCACAGCCAAAGCAACUCAUUCUCUAUGCUAUUCUCCAUGCCUAAUCACAAACCGUACGAUAAUUACGAUCAAUCUCAUCAGCAUCAUGAUAUGUAUUCCUUCGCUUCUCCUUCCUCUUCUGUCGACUGUACUCUUUCUCUCGGCACCCCAUCGACUCGUCUCUCGACAACCGAAGAUUAUUACGACGACAAUAGUAAUAGUAGUAAUAACAAUAACAAGCACCAAAGAAUGCGCCACAGCGAACGACGAAACGAUUCCUGCGUUUCUAACUUCUGCUGGGACUUGUUACAGCCCAAUAAACAACAAACCACAUCUUCUCACAAAAACUCUGGCCGCAGCAGCUCAAAUAGCAGCAACAGCGCCGCCGCCAAUGAUCCUCUUUUAGCUCGCCGCUGCGCCAACUGUGACACCACCUCUACCCCUCUCUGGCGAAACGGCCCAAGAGGUCCAAAGUCACUUUGCAAUGCCUGUGGGAUUCGAUUCAAAAAAGAAGAGAGGCGAGCCGCCGCCACGUCGACGGCGAACGGCGCCACUUCUGGAGUGGUAAUAGAGCCGAGCCACAUGUUCAGCCACCACAACAACCCAUGGAGUAAUAUUAAUCAUCACCAUCAAUACCAACACUCUCAGGCCCAGAAAAUGCCUUGUCUUUCGCCAGCCGCGGCCAUGGGAAAUGAGUUUCGGUUCAUGGACGACGAAAACCACGAACCGGCCGCCGACUCCAAUGGCAUUUCGUUCCUCUCUUGGCGGCUCAACGUGACGGAUCGACCAAGCCUAGUCCACGACUUCACAAGAUGAUGAAAACUUCACAAAACUGAAUCGACGGUCAAGAUCGGUCCAUCGAUGAUGAUCAUGAGUAGAAUAGUACUUAGUACUUUAGUUUUGAAAUCGAGAAAAACGUAUCACGACGAUGACGUUACAAAUUCAACAUGGUCGUCUCUGCCUCUGCUCUCAGUCAAAAAAAAAAAAUUCUUUUUCUUCUUUUGUUAGGUUCCUUUUUCUCCGUCUUACAUAGAUGGAGUGAAAAUGGGAUAAUUCUAUGUUCUUAUAAUUAGUUUGCUUUUCUUUUGAGUUCUUUUUUCUUUCUUUUUCAGUUACAUAUAAAACCUUUCUGUUUGUUCUUCGCUUUCUCAUCAGUUCUUUCAAAACUGCCAGUUAAUAUAAUAUAUAUAUUAUUAUAAUGAUAUUGAAAUAUUAUAAAUGAUAAGCACUGCAAUGUUUGAGCUUUAUUUA